AUGGCAACAACAUACCAAAAUCUUCCACGUUCACUCGGACGUCCACCUGUUCAAAAGUCUCGAACGAAAAAAACUACCACACAUCAGUUAAAUUCUAAAACAACGAACAAUCCGAAUGGCAUCAAAAUACGAUUUGGAAAUAAUUCAUCGCAAAAUUCAAUAUAUAAACCAGCUUCGAUAUUAAAGAAGGCAUCACACCUACGACAACCACUCUAUAGUGAAAAUUUCAGUGAAAAUAUGUUUAAUUGGCACCAACCAACUGAUUUGGAGCCAAUGAGAGCAAGACGAUUUUAUAGUCCUAUUCGUACACCACCGAGAUUACGAACGUUAAUAACACCACCUGGUAUUGAACCUUAUCGGAAUCGUUAUAAUCUGCGUCGAUUUACUAGCCCAUUACCAACAGUUGAUAAUUUACAUUCUCCUUCAACUGGUCUUGGCACUUGGGGUCUUAAUUCAACUGAUUACAACGUAACUUCAAAUGCCAAUCUAAUUCGACGAUAUCCAUCACCUUUAUCUCAAUAUGGUUUAGGUAGUGGACUCUCAAGACGAAAGAAGUCAUAUAUUGUUGUACCACAUUUAAAUAAACUUUUAUCGCCGCCCGUGAGUAAUAGUAUUGGUGGUUCUUAUUUAAUACCUCCACGUCGAAUAGCACCAUUUUAUUAUCCAAAUUCACACUAUGCAUAUCGUGACAGAGAACCAUUUGAUUAUCUAUUUGUACGGCACAAUGAAGCAUUCGCUAAUCACUACGUAAAUGAUUUUAUUGGUAGAUAUAUUGAAGAUAAAUUGCUACCAGACAUUUUACUUGAAGCUAUUACUGAGCUCGAUGCAGAGAAAAAGCAACAUGAUAAAUUCUAUAGAUCAGAUAUUCAUCGAUACAAUGCAGAAUUGACAAGUCGUAUGAAUCGAGAAGAAUUAGAUGAAAAUUUGCUAUCGGAUCAGUGGGUACGUGAACUUGGUUAUCAACAUGGAUUUGUUUCUAGAUCUAAUUUCGAUUCAAACAUAUCUUCAUUGAGACCAUUAAAUGCUAAACAAGAUAUAUAUAUGCGAGCAACUAAUCAACUACGAUAUUAUGAUUUACCAACCGAUGUACAAGGAGAUUUUUUAACAAACACGAAUCAAUAUAUGCUCAGAGAAUUAGAUAAUCAAGAAUAUUCUCAUCAAUCACAUCAAGCUUCCACCGUCAUUGAUAAUUAUGAUGAUAUGUACGACACAAGUCAACGUCCAAUCGAUGAAGUUCAAUAUCGUGCAAUUGAAAACCAUGCACAAAGUAAACUAUUGGAUACAAUACUUCUUGAUCAACUAACUAGAAAAUGUAUAAAACAAAAAGGUUCAAGUGUUGAUGUGGACGAUGCGUCGCGUCUCUUAGAUGGAACUCUUCUUCAUAAUCUAAUUGAUCAAUAUCAAGACAUAGACGAGAGUCGUUCAAAAGGUUUCGACAAUUAUUCAUCAACGAAAUUUCAUUAA